UGCAAAAUAAAUCAAUGAAUGGGAACAAUGAGAAAUGACGGAGAUAAAAGCAAACCUGCCUGAAUUACCUAAGAAUUUGCAAUGCUAAGAAGCUCAUUAUGACUCAUCAGCUCAUGGAGGAAAAUAUAUUUAAGGUUGUCAACCAUUGCCAUGAAGUAAGAGAAAGGGGAUAGAGUGAGUGAGUGACUGACUGAAAGACAAAGCAAGAAAGAGAGAGCGCGAGAGAGUGAAAGAGAGAGUGAGAGAGAACAAGAAAGAGCAGGGAGAGUGUGAAAAAAAUUUGUGAGAGUGAUAAAAGAGAAAAAGGGGAGAGAGAGAGAGAGUAAGAAAAAAGGAAGAGUGAGAAAGACAGAAAAAAAGGAGAGUGUGUGUGAGAGAUAGAAAGAAAGAGAAGAGUAAAAGAGAAAUAGAGGAGUACCUGUGACAACCCUAAUCGGAAAAUAGGGAUGAACUUUGCGAGUAGUCCUGAGACCCCGACAACCUGCUGCCAGAUGUUACUGAGGAAAUUAAAGGGCUUGUUACCGGUCAACUUCUGGUAUGAAGUGAAGGAGCUUUCCCGGCUGGCUGUGCCGGUGAUUUUGACGCAAUUUAUGGUCUUUUGCUUAAGUAUUACCAGCUCCAUAUUCUGCGGUCAUUUAGGAAAAACCGAACUGGAUGCAGUUUCUCUCGCCUCAGCUGUGAUAAAUGUAACGGGUAUAUCAAUCGGUGUUGGGCUGUCCUCGGCAUGUGACACACUCAUAUCCCAGACGUUCGGCAGUGGAAACUUGAAGAGAAUUGGGGCAAUAAUGCAAAGAGGAAUUCUGAUUCUCAUGCUAUUCUGUUUACCUUGCUGGGCUCUCUUCAUUAACACAGAACAACUGCUAUUGGCAGCCAAACAGCCUCCUGCGGUGGCCAAAUUAACUCAGCUUUAUGUGAAGAUAUUUAUUCCUGGUCUUCCUGCUGCAUUUCUGUAUCAGUUAGAGAUCCGAUACCUUCAAAAUCAGGCUAUUAUUCUACCACAGGUUUACACUGGUCUCAUAAGCAACAUCUUUAACGGUGUAGCAAACUAUAUCUUGUUAUAUGUGUUAGAGCUGAGAGUGCUAGGCUCUGCUAUUGCGAAUGUUAUGUCGCAGUACUGCCAAGUUAUUCUGCUGUUUUUCUACAUUCGAUGGAAAAAGCUGCACGUGGAGACCUGGGGAGAGGGCGUGCGGAGGAUGUAUCCAUGGCCCAGGUCUCAACUGUCCUUCUUGGCAACUUGUUCCAGUCAUCAAUAUAAUCCUCUGGGUUGGACCAAUGAUAGUCUGCAGGAGUGGGGCAACUUUAUACGACUUGCAAUCCCCAGCAUGCUGAUGCUAUGUAUUGAGUGGUGGACGUAUGAGAUCGGAAUUUUCCUGGCAGGAUUAAUCAAUGAAGUCCAGCUUGGGGUACAGGCAAUUGUCUAUCAACUUUUAACAGCGGUUGACAUGAUUCCUUUUGGAUGUGGCGUGGCAGUAAGCGUCCUUGUGGGUAAAGCACUGGGUGCAGGCAAACCAGAUGAAGCUAAAAACUCGUCCAAAACUGCUCUGUGGUGUAUCGGAUGCAGUGGUCUGAUCAUGGUGAUCAUAUUGGCUCUGGUAAACGAUGUGGUGGGUUACAUAUUUACCAACGACAGAGAAAUUAUUCGGUCUGUUUCAGAUCUCAUGCCAUUAAUUUCCGCCUUCCAUUUCUUUGACUGCAUAGCCGGUGUGUGCAGCGGAGUGUUGAGAGGAGCUGGCAAGCAAAAGCUGGGAGCUAUUGGGAAUCUAAUUGGAUAUUACUCAAUUGGCUUUCCCCUUGGAAUCUCACUGAUGUUUGCUAAACACCUUGGUAUCACAGGUCUUUGGAUUGGUCUGUUCAUUUGUGUCAUUCUACAGUCAUUCUUUCUGCUGAUAGUGAUAUUCAGAAUUGAAUGGAACAAAGCUUCAGAGGAG